ACCCCUUUCCGCACACACACACACACGCGCGUAAAGCGCGCACACACACACACGGAGCUGUAUACAUGCCACAUACCGCGCGCGCGCGCUCACUCCAGACUCCGGAGCCUGGAGAGAAAAGAAGGUAAAAAAAAACCCAUGCGCAGUAAUCCCAGAGCUUUCGACCCAGAGGCGCGUUGUUCCUCAAUCUCGUAAUCUGGAUUAUUAUGCUUAAGGUUUGACUUUUUUUCAUUUUUUUUUAUUUUUGUAUUGUGUCCUUUGGCGCGCGCUCGCGCUCUCUCGGAUGACUCCCUGCACCGGAAUCCGCCGCGGACGCGGCACGCGUGGCUUGGGGAUACAGCGCGAGACCGUCCAUGUAGAUUCAUCAACAUUCUCUUGUUCUUUCUCUAUUUUCACAGAACUAAGGCAGCCAUCCUCUAACCGCGUCCCUCAAGUGCCCGAGACCACUGUAAAGCCUCGCUCGUCCUUCACUAUCUUCCUCCUUUCCGCUCUCCCUCCAUCUCCCGCUCUACAUGGAGCCAGGGCGAUUAUGGAGCCAGACUGAAAGUCCGCUCACAGGGAGCUUCAACGCAUCAGAAUCCCAAAUCCCUUUGGCUCCGACACUGUCGAGGAUGAUGGACAAUCAGUCAUACAGCAUGUCAAACCAGACGGUGCCGUUUUUCGGCAGCAGCAUGGUGAUGACGGCGGCCAUAUCUGUGACCGUGUUCAUCGUGGGCCUCAUAGGUAACACGCUGGCCAUCUACGUGGUGCUGCGCUACGUCAAGAUGAAGACUGUGACCAACAUCUACAUCCUGAACCUGGCCAUUGCUGAUGAGCUUUACAUCCUUGGCCUACCGUUCCUGAGUACUCAGAAUGUCCUAUCCUACUGGCCGUUCGGAUCCUUCCUGUGCCGUGUAGUCAUGACAACCGAUUCGCUCAACCAGUUCACCAGCAUCUUUUGCCUCACGGUUAUGAGCAUCGACCGCUACCUGGCCGUGGUUCACCCGCUGCGGUCCAGCAGGUGGCGUCGGCCCCGUGUGGCCAAAAUGGUAAGCGCUGCAGUCUGGGCCACGUCGUUCGUAGUGGUUCUGCCGGUGGUGAUCUUCUCUGACGUUCAGGACAUGUUCAAUUCCUGCAACAUGAGCUGGCCUGAGCCGCGCAACCUUUGGCCAGUAGCAUUCAUCCUCUACACAUCUGUGCUUGGCUUCUUCGCACCGUUGCUCGUGAUAUGCGCAUGCUACAUCCUCAUCGUCGUGCGGGUGAAGGCUUCGGGAGCACGGGCCGGAUUCGGGAGGCGGCGCCGCUCCGAGCGUAAGGUGACGCGCAUGGUGGUGGUCAUCGUGGUGGCUUUCGUGCUCUGCUGGCUGCCAUUCUACAUGAUCAACAUUGUCAACCUCAUAUUCAUCCUGCCUGAGAACAGCGUGAUGGUGGGCGUCUAUUUCUUCUCAGUUAUCCUCACCUACGCCAACAGCUGCGCCAACCCGGUUCUCUACGGCUUCCUGUCCGAUAACUUCAGGCAGAGUUUCCGGAAGGUUCUGUGCCUACGCAGGGCUAACGGUGUGGAGGACGGGGAGCCGAGCGCACCACGCACUGACAAAACGAGCGCCUUCGAUGGCUUCCUUCCUGUCAGGAACGACCAUAUUAAUGGACAUGUGCAGAACAACCAGGACAUGCAGUUGGAGCCGCGCUCUGGUGAAACAUCGAAACCAGUGAAAUCUAAAGUGAUUGGCCAGUCCUCACUUUAAACCCCACCCCCUUUCUCACUCACUUUGUCUCCAUGCCAUCACAAUUCUUCCCUCUCUCUGUCCAUCCACCCAUAUGUCUAUCUGUCAUAUCUUCCUGAUGAAGAUGGAGCCUCAGACCCCGACUCCGCCCACGACAUGCCUCCCUCGCUGACAGAACAGCUCAGCCUUUGACCUCAUCCAGGUCCAUGACCUCUGGUGAGUAGAGGAUUGUGGGUACACGGUCGUGACUGGAACGCCCAGCAGGAUGGAGGAAGGUGGAGAAGUUGUGUUGUCUGUGCAAACUGCAGGAGGCAAGAACGAGUCGUGCAUGCUGAGAGCUUUACGAACUUCGCCGAUGUUCACCGAGGAAGUCAGCGGUCAUCGGCAUGAGUCAGCGGUGUGCUGGGAUGAAGUGAUGGCUGCUGCUUCUGAUUGAACAGAGAUGCCAAUUUCUGACAAACUCAUAGCAUAUCAUAUCACACACACACACACACACACACACACACACGCAUGCACGCACGCACGCACGCACGCACACACUCACAUUACAGAAACAACAACCCACAGGCUUUCUUUCUGUUUAUCAGGUUAUAACUAGUCUCAGAAUCCCAGACCCUGCUAGCAACUGCUGCUCCGUGUCUCUCACGCUGUCCCCCCUAAGGACCUCAUACUCAUUGACUCAAAUGUUUCAGCAUGUGUUUUUUCACAUGAACUUCAGCUUCAAGCUUGAUCAAGACCACGGCAUUGUGGACACACGUCAUACCAAAUUGUCCAUGACGUUCCUGGAACACUCCCAGACUCAUCAACUCUGUAUGUUUUAAACACGAUAACUUCUUUGACCAAAAAAAAGAAAGAAAGAAAGAAAGAAGCCUCCAUCUGAGUUCAGACCAAAUAUUUCAUCCCUCUUUCACAAGCAACGUUGCGUCAUGGCUGCAGUAUGAGUGAGUUGUGUGCUGAUGGGAUGCUGUGUUAUCUAGCCUCACUCCUGGACUUCUGCUUUCACCUAAAUAAUACAAGAGUGAGAUUUGGGGCUUUGCCUUGGGAACUUUGGGCAUCAUGCAGAUAAUGGAUCCCACAGUUAUGACUUCCAAAGGUUGCCAUAACUGUGGGAUCCAUUAUCUGCAUGAUUGACUUUUAGCUCUUUUUUGCCUGGAAGGCCAUGCUUUCUUCAUUGGGACUGACACUUAGAGGCCACACCUCCUUCAUUCUGACUGACACUUAGAAGCCACACCUCCUUCAUUCUGACUGACACUUAGAGGCCACACCUCCUUCAUUCUGACUGACACUUAGAGGCCACAC